GUCAACUAAUUAACUAACUCCGAUUAGCGAAUAUAUAUGGUAUAUUAUUCAGGCACAAUAUCCGCUGCAUUUAUCUUGAGAAUCAAACUAGAAAAUUUGCUAACAAUUUUAACCGAAAAUCGUAUCAAUUCUUGAAUGUGACUGAGUUUUAGGAGCGUUACAAAUAUCUGUUGAAAAGACUACGGAAAAUCGAAAUCAGAGGGCGGGGGAUGCGGGGGAAAUUAACGAAUUUUUGUGAGGCGAUUGUUAUUGCGUAAAUGAUACUAAGCAUAUUAUUAUUAUAUAUAUACAACAUAUACAAUAUGGAAAUCAAAGAUUCAACAUAUCACUGUAAGCGUGUUACAAGUCAUUCAAACAAUAUCAAUUACACACAAUUAGAGGGCGUUCUUGAACUGUAGGAAAUCGGAUCGGUAUAUCCGCGUAGGGUCAGCAAUUAUGUACGAAUUAAAUCGGAGUUGAGGAGAAUCAAACACGUUCCUGAAAGGCUUAUAAAGUAGAGAGUGGCGGCAGGUCAAAACUUAUUCACGACAACUAAUACAAUAACUUUGAAGACUUUUGUAACGGACUUUUCGAGAGUAGCGCAUUUUCUCUACAAAGGAACAAAUGAAAAACCAAACAACCAAGAAACCAACCAACCAACAGGCAGUUACAUUAAUUGUGCCACUUUUGGAGCCAAUAUUAAUGCAUUUGAUAUGAACAAGUUUUUAAGAUCAGUCAGCAGAAUAUCAACAGCAGUGGCAUCAAAACAUCAUUCCUAUAGUACAGAAUCUAGAACUCUGGCAGAACGCACAGCGCACUCAAAGCACUUUGAACCUUCGCAACUUUCCCCAAAACGUACCUAUUGCAAUUAUUAAUAACGGAUUAAUAUAAAUACGCAACUGAGGAAAAUAUAAUUCAAUUGUAUUUUAACGAGAACAUAUAAAACGGCAAUGCUGAAUUACGACAUGCAUAUAUUAAUUUAAAGCUAUACAUAUUUAACGAGCAUAAUGCUAUAAUAUACACAAACGUACACAUAAUUAUUUAAAUGUAGGUCAAUUAGCCAGGCAAUUAAAGGGAAGUGGAUGAAGUCAAAUAUUUGAUCAUGUUGAUGAAUGUUUUUAAACAAAAUUGCAAUACAAGUCAAUGGAUAAAAUAAUACGCAAUCGCUGGUUGAACUUAAUGUCUAUGUAACUUUAAAAGUUUACGAAAUCGCAUAGCUCUAUUCACAAUUAUACAUACUGAAAUAAUCGUACUAGCCCACAAGAACAAAAGAACAACGACGAUAAAUUGUUAAUAGAGAGAGAGGAGAAUCUAAAUGGAAACGAUCCCUGCAAAAUUGUACAAAAAAACGUUUUAAGUUAUUAGCUUUUAGUUGUUAUUAUCUAUUGCUACGUAUGGUUUAAGGUUCUUUUAUCAUUAUCGCUAAGUUCCCAAUGAUUCCACAAGUUGUUUGUACAUUUCGCGGUGCUAUAUGGAUGUGUAUAUGUAAAUUAUUUGCUGUCAAGUUUUCCCCUAAGUUUGUGCACCCACAGAAAGAAUUAAGGCAAAGUCAAAUUAUAUAUAUAGAUAUAUAGACACUGUCAGAAAUGUAGAUUGUCGGCUUAAAAUUGCUAUUGCACCAGGCAUAGAAGCACUCAUAAUCGCCAGAUACCGAAAGUAGGAGGGAAACCCAUUUAAAAACAAACACUCAAAAAAUAUUUAUUGCAUAUAUAUAUAUAAAUAUACAUAAACAUAUACAUAAAUGCUGUACGUCAUAAUUUGAUAAGAGUUGAAGACGAUAAACUGCGAACGAGAAAUGUUAUCAAUAAAGAUUAUAGUUGAAAAUUCAAUUGCGCCUUUGUCUCCAUUGUAACACCCGAAGGUUUUACGGAACAGGAACUCGACUGGUCAAUUAUUGUCCAGCCUUAUGACGAAUCUCGGCCCCAAUUGCCGGCUAAAUUCAAGAUCAAUGUUAAGGGGCGGACUCUCCGUCUCCGCGCUCGUCGUGAAUCACAAUGAGCCCAGCCGCUGACAGCUCAACAUUAUAUAUUUAUUUUGAAUUGUAUUCUGGGCCAACGCUUCUGGAAUCACAAAUAGAAACAGAAAGUCGCCGCUGCGGAAAUGUUCGUGGGUGGAAAGGCAGAUUUAUCGGGUGAAAUGUGGACCAUUCGAUAACUUUCUAAAAGCCUUAUCACAGUUCGAUAUCACAUUAGCAUAAUCGUGACUCUUGUGGCUCAGCGAAUCGCCCACCAGGUGUUUUCUUGAGUAUUCAGACUACACUCGAAAAGGUUCUGAUAUAAAAUGUCAGGCUUUUUUAAGAAACUAGUAUUUAUGAAAAAUAUUUUUAGGCAAUAGUCAACAUUUUUAGAUAUCAAGUGGCUGUUCUUCUCUACUUGUUCUAUUUACGCAACAAUACUGAGUUUUAUGGAAUACUGUUUGCAUUUUAACAAUUAAAUAAUUAAAGUAUAAAUUUCACAGAAUUGACUUUAAUAAUUUUCGGAAUCAACUUAAUUACACCUUCUUGACUUUCCCAACCCCAACUAGCUUGGUUUAUGAUCAUAGUUAUAGUUAGAUUAUUUCUUCAUGUGUACUUCCUAACAAUUUGCGACAGAUGCGUUAAUCUGCGGUGCUUUUUGCUUUGUCGUACAAACACUUUGAAUGAGCUUCAAUUCAGCGACCGCAAAAUUAACAACACUUUGUCACACAUUAACUGGCAAUUAAGGUACGUUUGCGGCUAUUCCAGACCAACAUCGGCCCGUUGCAGGCUGGGCUAAUUACAAUACGCUCAAGAGACAACCGAGCUUUGCAUGUAGACGCGUAUGUAAAUACGGUUUGGGUAUUGAAAACCUGAAUUAUCAUUGACCGAUCAGGUUUAUGGCGCUGAGCUCCGUUGAUGCGCAACAAAAGCAACUCAAAAUCUGAGUGAGUAAGGGAGCAGCAGAUAAAAAAACCCCAUCGGCGACAUUGUCCAAGUAUUAAUUGUGCGGAAUAAAGUGAGACGCCCCACGAGAUUUAGUCGAUGUUUUGCGACUAAAGAGUGCGGUUCAAGCAAAGCGUUCAAGGAAGAUAAACUGGUUAAGUGGAGCAGCCCGAGGUAUUCAGAGUGCCAGUAUGUUAGCCUCGUUCUCCGUCCGUCUGGCGCUGUUCGCCGUGAUAAGCUCGCAGACUCCGCAGCUCCAAGCUGCUCCGUUCCCAGGAAUCGAGAAUGCGGCCUUCAGCAGCCAAGAUUUAUUGGCCGAGGAAUCGGAUGUCGUUCUUAGCCAGGUCCACGUCCAGCACAAUCGGCAUCGUCGCCAUCACGGGGAGGGCAAUUACCACGACCACCACCACCACCACAAGCGGCACUGGGAUCAGCAUUUUCCGGGUCCCGGCUCGGAGUGCCAUCACCAUGGCGGAUUUGGGUUCGAGCAUCCACCGCAUGGACCACCACCCCACGGUCCACCCCACAGAUUCGAGCCACAUGGCUUUGAGCCCUUCCCAAAUACUUUUGGAGCACCGGAGUACGAGGCGCACCAGCGACCAUUUCAAGCGCACUUGGAGCCCUUUAAAGACGACAAAGAAGGACCUAAAGAGGUGAUCAGGCAGCCCAGCCCAACCAGCGUAGCUCCUUCACCUGCACUACCUUCACCACCUGUACCACCCACCGCGCCGCCUUCAACCACCACCACAACCACCAUCAGAACCACCAGCUCCACCACCUUGGCUCCAUUAACCUCCAGCACAGAAGAAGCCCCCUUGGCGAUCGACAUUCGCAUUGGGUGACGACCUAGACUUAAGCCGCGACUCUACUUAAUAUCUUGUGUCAUUAAAGUAGCUAACAAAAAACCACAAGUUAUCUAUCCAUUACCAUUAUAAUCGGGCAGCGAAGCCUGGAUGCGCACAGCGUAACAUUAUCCAGGCCACUCGAAGGGAUCUUCGUUGGGGCCCUGAGUGAAAUAUAUGGUAAUUCUAGAGCAUAAACAACGGCAGGGGGUGACAGUAAAAUAAAAUGCGAAUGCAAAACAAUCGGAAAGAAAGUGGCAAAACAACAAGCUGAAACGAUCUGGAAAUGAGCACAUUGAGUCGGCUGAAAUACAAAAGCCCGUUCUUCGCCCCGCGACCAUUCCCGGUCUUCGGCGAUUCUUCGGAG